AUGCCGUCCUACAGAGCCCGGACAGCCGCUUACGGUUCAGCAUCCAAGCCGUAUCAUUUCUCCGCCUUGAAGCGCCUAGCAGGCCUGGUUCCAGCUCCAGAAACGACGGCGACUUUCCAGUAUCGGCCGCUCGAGCCUGAUCGACGAGAAAUCCGCGUUCUCGAGCUCCUACCGCGCACGCUACGAGCAGGCAAGGAGAAACAACUCAUAACUUGCACCAUCAGACACGUAUCGCUCGACGAUCAGCCUGUAUACCUUGGCCUGUCCUACACGUGGGGCGAUGCGACAGUCAAACGGCCGAUACUGUUGGAAGGCCGGAUCUUCUACGUGACGGAGAAUUUGCUCAGCGCUCUGGAGCAUCUGCAGCGGCAGUGGCACUCUCUUGCACUUUGGAUCGACGCGGUUUGUAUCAACCAGAACGACAAUGUCGAGAAAAGCAGUCAAGUAGGGCAGAUGGGAAACAUCUACCGCGAAGCCGCUCUGGUAUUAGCCUGGUUGGGUCCAGCUGCUGGCGACAGCGAUUUGGCUAUCGAGAGUCUGGAUUACGUUGGUCGGAAAUUGUUUGAGAUGCCGGAUGGUCCAUGCCUGCAAGAGCGUUACGAGCUCUUCUCCAAGCUCUUUUCUCCAGAGACUACCCCUCAGUUUCCCGUGGAUGUCGUGUGCUCCUUGUUUCGCCGUGCCUGGUGGGACAGAGUGUGGGUCGUGCAAGAAGUAACUCUUGCCAACGACGUACUUGUUGUCUGCGGCAAUGCGGAUAUACCAUUUCAUUUUCUGCAUCUUGCUUUCAGCGCGCUCUACGAACUGCCAUUGCUCAGCGCAGCUCUUAAUGGCGCAUUAGAUGAGGCUUUCAGUCGGGUGUCCCCGCAGUUGCAGACUUGCCAUCCACGAGUACUCGAAGCAGCUAUUCUAGGCCAUAAUCAGGACGCUGCACCCCUCAAGAGUCGAGUCCUCACUAUCACUGGACUGAAAGCAACGGACCCGAGAGAUCAUGUCCUAGGAUUACUAGGAAUGGCGAGUGAUACUGAAGAGCUAAACAUACACGCAGACUAUUCAAAAUCAUGUCAGGUUAUAUAUACAGAUGUAGCCAGAGGGUUUCUCGAAGCUCAGGAGGAUCUGCAAAUACUGUCCAGGUGCAAGUUUCCGAAGCAACAGAGCAAUCUUCCAUCCUGGGUGCCGGACUGGUCCAUGAGAUGUGGGCACACAUUUUGGGAUCCGAAGCAUUCUCUUUACAACGCUUCUGGGCAAUCUCUGGCCCCACGCAAGAUAGCUGUUGGCGGGAACACCCUUAGACUAGCGGGGGCGCGGUGCGGCACAGUGUCAAGAGUUGGGAGAGUGUGGAGUAUCGAUUACAGUAGUGCAGGAGCCGAGGCCCUCACGCACUGCUUUGCAGAGAUUGAAGACUUCGUCCAUAGUGAUGGAUUCGCAUACCCUAGCGAGCACGACAAGCAAGAGGCAGUAUGGCGCACCCCUAUCGCGGAUGCGGAAUACGCGAUAUUCGGAGAAGAAGGCCGAUACAAUCGUAGAGCGACACCGGAAUUACUCAAUGCUUUCGUUGCCUAUCAAGGCGCUGUAGACGCAUCUCCUCUUGAGGGAACGCCUAAUCCUAGCGCGAUUAUGGGAGCCAAUCCAUGUAUCAGGUUUAUACCUACAAUCCUGGAUGGUAGAAGGGUUUUUACGACUUCCCAGGGGCACAUAGGUGUUGGGCCCAAACACCUGCAAGCGCAAGACCUCAUCUGCGUGUUCCAAGGCGCGGCCGUUCCGUUCAUCCUUCGCGAAGGUCCAUUCCGACAAUACCAGCUUGUGGGCGAGUGCUACAUUCAUGGUAUAAUGGAUGGCGAGUUUAUGAACCGAGAUCCGCCAAUCGAGGAAUUCGUGGUGUGUUGA